AUGCCGAACCACCGGCACCACCGCAGACACCAUUCCUGGCCCCACUGCGGCUCCGAGCUAUGCAUGCGGGCUCCAUCCAGCCUAGAAAUCCGCAACCUCCGCUCAAUAACCAUCACAGAAGCCAAUAACCAACAAUGGGCGCUUCAACAGCAGUCCACAGUUGUCCCUCUCAUUGCAGAGGAAGUCCCCGAUACCGACGACGCCGAAAUGGCAGGCAUAGUGCGCACGCCAUCGCGAAGCGUGCACCGUCUCUGGUCCCGCCCCACACAGAAGCCGCGAUGCGACGAUGUUCCGGACUCUGCGUCCGCGGCCGAGGCCCGGAAGCAUGUUCACCGGAGUGUGUUGCGAAGGCUGAUUCGGCGACCGCCGCUUGAUAAGACGCGGUCGUUGUUUGUUAUGCCGACGAUGAUGAAUGCCGGUGACCAGGUCAUGAUUUCGGGCUGGAUGCCUCCUAGGUUGUCAGCGAGGCCGGUUAUGGUGACUGAGCGGCGGAGCACGUUGUCGGUUGCUGAGUCGCCGCAGUUUGUUGCUGAGAGGAGGCAUAGAAGAUCGCAUCCUGCGCAGCCGCGGUCGUGGAGGGAGCCGAGUGCUAGUCUUUUUAGUUUGAAGGAGGAAUGA